AUGCAUCCAGAAUCACAAACAAAGACUAGGCCUUAUUCUUGCUUCCAUCAUCAUCCUGACCGCUCGGAUGAUAAGAAGCCCAUUCCCGAUACUGGCUGGCGCGGCUCUCCUCCUAUCCCCUCAUCCGACGGCGGUGAUUCUGAGAAAGAUUGGAUGUCAAAGCCACCAUACAACUGGUUGCCAGCGCGUGGUGUAAGCGGCGAGGAGCUCUUCAAGACAAAAUAUGAGUCAUCCUGCUGGUGCGGUGCAGUGCGUUUUGCCUUUGCGGGCGACCCAUUCGAUGCGAAGUAUUGCCACUGCAGACAAUGCCAACAGCUGCACGGCGCCCCCUUUCAGUGGGCGGUCAUCUUUCCAAAGACAAGUGUUCGCAUUCUGCAGAAUACUAGUGAUGCUCUCCACUUCUUUUCUACCACGACGAAAAAUACUUGUCAUCAUGUCCCGUGCAAAGUCUCCUGUGAGAUCUGUCGGGCCCCACUUUUCGACGAGGGGAAGCGUACGGUGCUUGCAUAUCCAAGUGGCUUCAAAUUUCCCCCUAUCGAAGCACGCUUGAACACUACUGACGCAAAAGAUGGCGAGGCGUUUCAACCCAGUUGCCAUAUUUUCUACGGUCAGCGUAUCAUGGAAGUGUGCGACGGAAUUCCAAAGUGGAGUGGUCAUAAGGAUGACAGUGAGCUCAUGCAGGAGAUGAGUGAUGUCUUGCGCGUUAUGUCUAGAUACAAGGGGUCUGAUGAGGAGCUACGCGCAUGA